AUGUGCGCCGUGCAGCUGCUGCGGGCGUCGGUCCAUGAGCGGAUGGGCGCCGCCGCCGCAGACCUCCUGCUGCGGCUGGAGGAAGGAGGAGAAGCGGCGGAGCUCCCGGCGCUGAGAGCGCUGCUCCCCGAGCGGCUGGCGGCGGCUGCGGAGGAGAUCGUCGCUCUGCUGGAGGAGACCGUGGCGGAGUACGAGGAGCGGCUGGAGCGCUCCGAGCGGGAGCUGCGGGGCCAGAGGAGGCUGCUGGACGCCGUGCUCCAGCCCCGAGUGCUGCUGAGCAGAGCAGGGGGAGGGGGCGGGGCUUCGGCAGGGGGAGGGGCCUCAGGUCUGGAGCGGGACUGGGACGGGCGCGGCGACCCGGAGCAGCAGGGAGUGGGCUGCUCCUUCUGCGGGAAGCGUCUGGGCGGCGGCGGAGAGCUGACCCGCCACAUGUGGCUGCACACCGGCGAGCGGCUGCUGCGCUGCGUGGUGUGUCACCGCCGCUUCCCCGGCGAGCGCCGGCUGCUGGAUCACAGCUGCCUCCGCCCCGCCUCGCCGCCGCGCCCCGCCUCCGGCCGCCUCCGCCCGGCCUCGCCGCCGCGCCCCGCCUUCGGCUCCGCGGCCCACGUCUCGUGCUCGGUGUGCGACGCCGCCUUCGCCGACGCCGACGCGCUGAUGCUGCACAUGAGGAGUCACGGCGCGCAGACGCGCUUCAGCUGCUCCGUCUGCGGGAAAGACUUCGCCUGGAGGCGGCUCCUCGCCCGGCACAUGGAGGUCCACCGCGGCGCCAAGCUCCACCGCUACAGCAUCUGCCGCCGCACGCACGCUGUGCCGCCGCCCGCACCCGGCUGGGCCAGCGCCGCUGCGUCCACCGGCCCGGCCCCGCCCACGAGCACCCGGCCGAGGAGCCGGCGGUCCCGCCGCCCCGCCCGCCGCCGAUCCCCGCCGCGGCCCCGGACGCCGGAACCAGAACCGAACGGCGAGUCUCCGGCGCCGCAGAGCGACGACAGCGUGGACAGCGACUUCUGGAAGGACGACAGGAAACGGCGGACGGAUCCCGGCGCCGGCGACGCCUCGCCGCCCGGCGCCGCUCCGGAGGCCGACCCGCCGGCAGAGGUGGAGGUCAGUGUGGACGGAUCCGGCGGCGGCGGCGCGGUGCGGAAGCGGUUCGCCUGCUCGCAGUGCGGGAAGAGCUUCCAGUACGGAUACCUGCUGCGGAGACACCUGCGGACGCACAGCGGCGAGAAGCCGUUCUGCUGCGCCGUCUGCCGCAAGGCCUUCGCCCAGAAGGAGAACCUGGCCUACCACAUGGGCCUGCACACCGGACACAAGCGCUUCAGCUGCCCCGCCUGCCGGCGCCGCUUCAACUGGCUGUCCGGCGUCAAGAGACACGUCUGCGUCCCCGAGGGGGACGGGGACGGGGACCCGGGACCCGGGCCCGGGCCCAGCAGCACCUCUGAGCUGCGGUGACAGCAGGGCCUGCCAGGACACACACACACACACACACACACACACACACACACACACACACACACACACACACACACACACACACACACACACACACA